CAAAGACCAACAGUUCUAGCUGUUUGGCACCACGCGUAUUGGCACCGCCCUAUAAUCCAAUACCGUAGGUGGUAGAUCGGUGUAUAUAAAUUUGUUAACAGUUUUCACAGCACAUUGACUGAAUUGUCAUUGAACACAAUUUAUCGAAGGGACCAUUCAUUUCCCGGUAACCAAUGACGCUGUAAGCGCGAGUAAAAUAUUUAACUCGGAAUUUAAGGAAAUAGUUUUGUUGGACGCUUGAGCGAAGUGGUAUGAAAGUAUAGGACGAAAUCAAAUUUAAGCUUGAACUAUUUUUUGAAGCAGUUGUUUUCCUCGGAAAUAACUUUUUCAGGAACAAGAUUUCGACAGCUAUAACGACGUGCUGAAACUAAUCAAAACAAGAGAAAUUGUUGAUUAUUUCCGAAAGGAUUUGACGGGAACUUCAGGACGCUACAGAUAUGGGAUUCUUGCCUCGACAACUUUGCGUAACACUGAUUUUCAUUGUGCUCAUCCAAUGCUCACAGACCUUUCUACGCAUUGGUAAACGGACACUUCAAGAGGAUUCACCUUUGGAUUUAGAAUCAACAGAACUUGGAGACGAUGAAGGAUUAGACGAGUACGAUCAGUUGCAGAAAAGACAGGGUUUUCUACGAAUUGGGAAAGCUGCGCCAAAGAGAGCGGAAUAUUUGCGCUUUGGAAGAACAUUUCUGAGGAUCGGUAAACGAGAUGAGGAAAAGAGAUUUUUACGCAUUGGACGCGGUUGGCUGAGAAUCGGUAAACGAGAUGCGGAAAAGAGAUUUUUACGGAUUGGACGUAGCGGAUUUCUGCGAAUCGGACGUGAUCCAACAGAGGUAAAUAAGUUUCAGUAUGCCCGAGGAGCAGGAAGUGCCCUUCUAACCGCUUACCAAAACUGGGACCUUACAGAAAAUGAGAUUCGAUUCGUGCGCCAAAAUAGACGACUUCUUCUUGAGCUUUUAAAGAAAAGACCUGAACUUGGUCGCGAAUUAAGCGACGACAGCUUUUACUUUCCACGGAUGGGUCGGUCAGGGGAGAGCACUCAGUUCGAGGACAACGACUACUGCUGCGCAGAGGGUGUGCGCAGUGUAACCACCAUUGGCAAAGGCGAGCUUGAAAUGUGUCCACGUGACCAACCGUGCUGUAGCGGGAUGACGGAGAAAACGAAGCUGUACAAAGGAACCAUCAUCACCGAAUGCGUGGAGGAUAACAGCCUAGAAAAGAUGAAGGCCUACCUAGAAGAUGAAUAGAGGCCUAACAUAAAUCUCUAAUUUUAAUAAAAGUAUUCAACGCUUAUCUGCUGUUGACUUGCGUUCGAUUGAGGUGUGUUCUACUGUGAUAUUUUUACAUUGAACAUGCCAUCAUAGUGGGAAACAUUGCGUCACACAACUAGCAAAGUACAACCAUAUUUUAAACGGUCUUAAAAGAAAAGACUCGGCAAAUAUUCAAAUUGAGUAUUACCCAAUUUUCGGAAAGUAUUAAGUAUUGUUACUAUAUAACGAUGUAUUAUUGUAGAAUGCGUAAUAACAUAUUAAAUUAUAUAAUCUUAACAAAACAUAAAAUGACUCACGCAUUUGUGAAUUUUCGUUUGACAUUGUCAACGUCUUUGUUUAUACUCAAGGAAAUAUUAAUACAAAUAACAUAUUGACAUAGUUGUGUCCACCAAUCCAUGUUGAAUGUAAUGUCAAUGACUUAUCUGCAUUAAAUGAUUUACAAACUAAA